UGUUGGGCCAAAAAGAGUGGGCUCAAGUGUGUGGCCGCGCGGAGUCAAUGAAUGGACGCUGCGAUCGCGCCCACCAAGUGGGACGCGCAGGUUGUAGCGAGGCUCUGAGCGCCUGAGCCGCAGGCAGAUACCCUUCCGCAGCAUGGAGGACGAUGCGCCGGUGAUCUACGGUCUGGAGUUCCAGGCACGGGCUCUGACACCUCAGACUGCAGAAACAGAUGCCAUCCGGUUUUUGGUUGGGACACAGUCUCUUAAAUAUGAUAAUCAGAUCCAUAUCAUAGAUUUCGACGAUGAAAACAACAUUAUUAAUAAAAACGUCCUCCUCCACCAGGCGGGUGAAAUCUGGCACAUUAGCACCAGCCCUGCGGACAAAGGGGUACUGGCAACCUGCUACAAUAAAACUUCCGACAACCGAGUCCUGGGGUGUGCAGCCAUAUGGAGGAUGCCCAAGGAGCUGGAGUCUGGCGGCCAUGAGUCCCCUGACGACUCUGCCAGCACUGCGCAGACCCUGGAGCUGCUGUGUCACCUUGGGAGUGCAGCCCCCAGCAACGUGGCCUGCAUCACGUGGGAGCCAAUGGGAGACGGGAAGAAAGUCAUUUCUUUGGCCGAUAACCACAUCCUGCUCUGGGAUCUCCAGGAAAGCUCCAGCCAGGCAGUGCUGGGCAGCUCUGCGUCCUUGGAAGGGAAGGGACAGCUGAGGUUCACCGCAGGACGCUGGAGCCCGCAUCACAACUGCACUCAGGUGGCCACUGCCAACGACACCACGCUCCGUGGCUGGGACACGCGCAGCAUGAGCCAGAUCUACUGUAUAGAGAACGCCCAUGGACAGCUGGUACGUGACCUUGACUUCAAUCCCAACAAGCAGUACUAUUUAGCAAGCUGUGGGGACGACUGCAAGGUGAAGUUCUGGGACACCCGGAAUGUCACCGAGCCCGUCAAGACCCUGGAGGAGCACUCCCACUGGGUGUGGAGCGUCCGCUACAACCACUCACAUGACCAGCUGGUCCUCACAGGCAGCAGCGACAGCAGGGUCAUCCUGUCCAACAUGGUGUCCAUUUCCUCGGAGCCCUUUGGCCACCUGGUAGAUGACGAUGACGUCAGUGAUCCAGAGGAGCACCGUGCAGAGGAGAGGAGUAAGGAACCCCUGCAGGACAAUGUCAUCGCGACCUACGAGGAGCACGAGGACAGCGUGUAUGCUGUGGACUGGUCCUCAGCAGACCCGUGGUUGUUUGCAUCCCUGAGUUAUGACGGGAGGUUGGUCAUCAACAGGGUCCCCAGGGCCCUCAAGUACCACAUCCUGCUUUAGCUCUUCCCAGGCAAUCCUGUCCAUCCCUUGGCAGAGCCGCGGAUUUGCAGCCAUGGAUGGGAUUCCUUUGCAGACCCAUCCCUCUCCAGAGAGUCCUACAGCACCUCACUUUCCCCCACCAUCCUGUCUCUCCACCCGCCUCUGCUCCUAUGUUACCUCACCUUUCUCCUGAGAUUGUGAAGGAAAUAAAGUGAGCAG